GAGAGAAGCUACCUUCAACAAUUUAUUCCCCAAUUUCCAUAUCAUCGGUUUCGGCGCCAAAAUGAUGUGAGCGCGCGAAACCGCUAUAAAGGGUUUCAAGAGAGAGAAAGUAGAGAGAGAGAGAGAAAAUGGAGGUAUUGAGGCUAGCAGUAUCAGCAACGCAGAGAGGGAAGCUGAUAUCAGCAGGCUACACUUCUCUCUCUUCACUCUCCUCCCUCUCUCCCUCCGACCUUGCUCGAGAUCUGCAAAUUUCAGAGAGUGAGGCUUCUGAAAUUCUGAAGGCUGCAUCACAUUGUGGUAGACUGGACAAUUCUGAUGGAAGUCACGCUAUUGUUACUGGUGCACAGACUGCCUGGGACAUGUUCCAUGAGGAGGAUUUGUCUAGAUGCAUUACUACUUCCUGUGCAGAUUUGGAUAACAUCCUGGGCGGAGGAAUAAAUUGCAAAGAAGUAACUGAAAUUGGUGGAGUUCCAGGCAUUGGUAAAACACAAUUGGGGAUUCAACUUGCAGUGAAUGUUCAAAUUCCAGUUGAUUGUGGUGGUCUUGGAGGCAAGGCAAUUUAUAUAGAUACAGAAGGCAGCUUUAUGGUGGAACGUGCUUUACAAAUUGCUGAAGCAUGUGUGGAGGAUGUGUUGGAAUAUCGUAGCUUACGGAAAAAUUUUCAAGCCUGUCAAGUUCAGAUGCAGCCCAAGGAUUUCCUAAACAAUAUAUUAUAUUUUCGCAUCUGCAGUUACACAGAGCAAAUUGCUGUGAUCAAUUACUUGGAGAAAUUCAUCUUGGAACAUAAAGAUGUUAAGGUCGUUGUUAUUGAUAGUGUGACUUUCCACUUCCGUCAAGAUUUUGAGGACAUGGCACUCAGAACUAGAUUACUCAGUGGAAUAGCCUUAAAGUUGAUGAAACUUUCAAAAAAGUACAGUUUGGCGGUUGUUCUCUUGAAUCAGGUGACUACUAAAUAUUCAGACGGUUCAUUUCAUUUAACCCUUGCACUAGGUGAUAGUUGGUCACAUGCCUGUACUAAUCGGGUGAUUUUGUACUGGAAUGGCAAUGAAAGAUAUGCAUAUAUUGACAAGUCUCCCUCUCUUCGUUCAGCAUCAGCACCAUAUUCUGUGACAGGAAAAGGUAUCCGAGAUUCUGCUUCAAACUAUAAAAGAAUCAAAAUGAUGUAAGUUUCCAGUUAGAUUGAGCAUUGCCCUCAUUUGCUUCCUAAUUCUCAAGCUUUUUGAAAUCAAUGAGAGUGAACAAAAAAAUUCUAUGAGGUUUUGGGUUUUGCAUUUGUUUGUUCUUAGCCAGUGCGUUUUUGAAAAACAAUCUCUGCUUUCCUAGUGAUCUGUGUAGUCAUGGACAAUCUUUAAAACAUCUUUAUUUGCAUUGGAUUGCAUAACAUGCCUUGUUAUUGAAAACAUAUUAUUGUAAUGCAUGACAUCAACUAACAAUGUGUAUAUCAUUUGGCAAAUCAUAAAAUGUAUCUAUUAUCUCAA